UCAUUCAGGAUCCAAGUCACCAAGUUUGUCCAGUUACACACCAAGAUCACAAUUCACAGACUAUGCCAUGGAUUAGAAGUGACAGUCCGGGGGAAGCAUGAGGGAGGUGAUGCUCUAUGGGAAGAAUCUAGACUUGGAAAUUAUGCAGAUAGUGAGUUAAGAUUUGUUGAAAUCCAAGAAAAGUUAUGCUUAGAUGUUACAAAAGGCCAAGCUCAAUGCCAUUCCUUAGCUGAAGAACAUGAAGAUCUUUUGGAAGAAUGGUGGUUUCAUCAAAAGAAAGAAAAUACAGAUUUAUAUAACUUUCUGUGCAUUGAUAGCUUGAAAGUCUGUUGUCCUGAUAACCAUUAUGGACCAAAAUGUAAACCUUGCUCCAUUGGAUCAGAGAAACCUUGUUCUGGACAUGGGCUUUGUAAGGGAGCAGGGACAAGGAAAGGAUCAGGAAAGUGCAAGUGUGAUGAAGGUUAUGUUGGUAGUAUAUGUGAUAAAUGCAAACUUGGCUAUUUUUCUGAAACAACAUAUAAUGGUGAUACAGUGUGCCAGAAGUGUGACAAAUCGUGCAAAGGUCACUGUCGAGAAGGAGGGCCAAAAGGUUGUGAGGUGUGUGCAGAUGGUUAUCAUUAUAUGGUUGAUAAAGGAUGUGUUGAUAAAACUGAAAUGAAUCCUGUUGAACAAGGUACUGGUGUUUCAGAUGGUGUUAAAAGAGAAGAUUCCAAAAUAGACCAACAUGAAGGUGAUGGAGACAAGGAACAUAGAACAGAUGAUUUAGAAAAUCAGUAUUCCAAAACUCCAUCUUCAGACAAACUUCCAGUAUCUGUUCAUGCUGAAUUUUGAUGCUAAAAAUAGUUCAAUAUUGUGAACAUUUUAACUGUCAACAAUUCCAUUUUAUUUUUAAAAGUUAUUGUUUGAAAAUUUUAAUGUAGAUGAAGUGACAAAGCUUUCUUUCUCUUGUUCAUAAAAUACACUAUCUUGAAACACAACAUACACACUUUUAGUUUUCUUUGGUUUUUAUACACACACAUGAUUACAUGUGUGUGAUGUGUAGUGUGAACGUAAAUGAUAAGAAAAUGAAAAUUUUGAAAUGUAUUUUCAGAAGGGGCUUUGAAUAAAGCAUGCUGAAGACUA